UCAAUCAUUUAAACUGGCGCAGGGACGCGUGUUGAUUGUUGAGUUUUGUAGACACGUAGAGCUGAUCACAUACCCGAACUCCUUCAAAUUUUCUCCUGAUUUAGAGAUUUAGCUGAAGCUUUACUUCCGAGAACCUGCUGUGGAACAUCUGUGUUUCAGAUUUGGCCUUCACUCAUCAUGGCUCACUUCGGGUUUGAGAACGACGUGCAGAGCUUGUUGAAGCUGGACAUGCCAAUCACCAAUGCCCCGAUGGCCAGGUGGCAGAGAAAAGCCAGUACAUCCACCUCGGCCAACACGAGCGCCCUGUCCCCGAGCAAAAGCUCCAACCGGUCUCUCAGCAUGUCCAAAACGCCCAGUAAAACCCCAGGGAAGAACGGCAAGAACCAAAGCACCCCUUCAAAGGCUGGAGGAGAUCGGUUCAUCCCCGUCAGAAACGCCAAACAGAUGGACGUGGCGAGUUUCCUCAUCUCGAAGGAAAACGAGCCGGUCGAGGAAGCAGCAGCAGCAGCAGCAGCGUCGUCCUCCACACAAACGUAUCAGAAGGCCUGGUCUGUGACUCUGAAUGGAUAUGAUCUCGAAGAAGCCAAAAUCCUGCAUCUAGGUGGGAAACCUCUCAACGCCCCUGAAGGUUACCAGAACAACUUGAAGGUUCUGUACAGCCAAGUUCCCACACCUGUCUCGCUGAAAAAGACCAGAUACAUAUCUUCAGUCCCAGAGAGGAUCCUGGAUGCCCCUGAGCUCAGAAACGACUUUUAUCUGAACCUGAUGGACUGGGGCAAACUGAACGUUCUGGCGGUGGCUCUGUCGGAGUACGUGUACCUGUGGGACGCUGCGCUGGGGCAAAUCGUCCUGCUGAAAAAGAUGGAGGAGGAGAACGGGUACAUCUGCUCGGUCUCCUGGAGCAAAGAUGGAAACUUUUUGGCUAUUGGGACGAGCGACUGCAAAGUGGAGCUGUGGGACAUUCAGUGUCAGAAGCGUCUGCGCAGUAUGGACGGCCAUCGCGCCCGAGUCAGCUGCUUGAACUGGAACGAUCAUGUCCUGUCCAGCGGUUCAAGGUCAGGUUUGAUCCACCAGCACGACGUCCGCGUAGCAGACCAUCACCUGCUCACGCUCCGAGGUCACACACAGGAGGUGUGCGGUCUCACCUGGUCUCCUGACGGCCGCUAUUUAGCCAGUGGAGGAAAUGACAACCUGGUUAACAUCUGGCCGAGCGUGCAGGGCAGAACUCAGACAGCUGUGCACUCCUUCAGUGAACACCAAGGGGCUGUGAAGGCAUUGGCAUGGUGCCCGUGGCAAUCCAGCAUCCUGGCAUCAGGAGGUGGAACCAGUGACCGACACAUCCGCAUCUGGAACGUCAACAGCGGCUCGUGCGUCACUUCCUGGGACACGCAGUCUCAGGUGUCGUCCCUCGUGUUUGCGCCGAACCAUAAGGAGCUCGUGUCGGGUCACGGUUUCGCCCACGACAAGAUCUUCAUCUGGAAAUAUCCCUCACUCGCUAAAGUGGCAGAGCUCGAAGGUCACACGGGCCGCAUCCUGAACAUGGCCCUGAGUCCUGACGGCUCCACCCUGGCGUCCAUCAGCUCCGAUGAAACCAUCCGGCUGUGGAAGAGUUUCGAGAAAGAUCCCAUGAAAAAAGCCAAGACUGUGAGCAGCAGCAUCAUCCAGCAGCACAUCCGAUAGUUUCGUGUUUAUGUACAAAAUUUCUUGUAAAAAAUUUCAAAUAGAUUUUCAGGUUUUUUUUUUAUUCACCUUUUGAUUCAUGACUCCAGUUCCAUCAUGUUUAAUGGAUUUUUAUGAGCCCCUGAUGCUUUUAUGAAAUGUUCCAAUAUUUAAUGUGAAGUAUUUUAUGGAGAAUCGCUUCAAGUUUAUAAAUAAAUCUUAACAUGAACAAAUAAAUGGCUUUUUUCUA